AUGACACAGGAGAUACAAUUUCUCUUAGAUAAAGUGUUUUUGCCAGUUAUAAUUACUAGUAGUUUAGGAAAGGCAAAUGAGCUUUGUAAACAGAGGUCUGUGUCGUCUUUUACAGAGCUUUUUCAGAAAUUUUCAAGAAACAAUUCCGAUCUUAGUCCCUUUAGAGAGGAGGCUGACUCCGGUGUAUCGCCAUUUAGUUUAAGAAAUAUCCCUGCUAUCUUUUGUGAUGAAAAAACUCAAACAACUCCUAUUACAGAGAACCAAAUUGAUACUUCGCUCGCUGAAUUUGUUAAGACUGCAAGUCAAAACUUUAGUUACCGGGAGUUUCUUGAUAACUUUUUUUCAGCUCAUCAGAAAUAUUUACGUUGUCCAGAAGUUGCUACGUGGUUAGAAUUGUAUCAACUAAAAUUUCUUAGUUUGAUUAACAACAGUCUGCAUGAAACUUUUUGGCAGCCUGUUGCAAAUUUAAAAAUUGUUACAACGUUGAAUGCUGACCCGGUUUCAUUGCUCAAAGAGCACAACAUUUCGUCUGACGGAUAUAAUUAUGUGGAUAGCGAAACUGUUACUAUAUACUCGCUUGUUCACGAUGCUUCCGUCGGGAAUGAUGACUUUUUUCUGGAAAAACUCAACGAGAUUAAAACAGUUUUUGAAAAAUGCUAUAUUCUGAAGUUAAACAAUUCAGAGCAAGAAAAUAGAAACGCUGAUCAAUUCCCUACAAAAAAUCUUCAGAAACAGUUGAGUUCCUCAGAAUUGUCCAGCGUCCGUCACUUCUUACAAGAUAUUGUGACCAAAGAAGUAACUCCGCACAUUCAUAAGCGUAUUGCCGAAUUAUCAUUUGAACUGGCGUCACUAAAGAAAGGUGUCGCUGGAAAUAUCCUCUCGACCACUCGCAAGUGGUUUACCGGAGAAAGAGAGCCAAAAACGGCCAAUGAGUCAAAAGCAACACUUUCUGGGAUUCAAUCCGACGGAGAGUAUCUAUCCAGCGGGGGCGAACAGAAGCUGCGAAGAGCCGCCGACCUCGCCUUCCUUGUUGGGGAAUAUGUACUGGCGCACGAGACGUACCUCGUGGCACGGAGAGUUUUUCAGCACGACAGAGCGUACAGGCACUACGCAGGCGUCUUGGAAAUGCUUGGCUUGUGCCUCUCGAAGCUCAGGUACAAAAGACAGGACUAUUCCGUCUAUUUCGAGAAAGCCGCCGAAGCAUAUGAAAAGUGUGGAGAUCAACUACGCUCGGAAAGAGCCAUUUUGUACUUGGCCGCCGUCGACAAUGCGGGUGGGUUUUCUCGCGAGGCCGCAAUCUGCUAUAUUUCUCUUACGAAAGAAAACAAAGGCCUCCGCAACGGUCCUCUUCUAGAGCUUGCAGCCCAUUCCUUCCGUGGUAACCAACCAGCGAUGAUGCGUAAGUUUAGCCUCCACUUAGCUUUAGCGGGUCAUCGCUACGCAAAAUGUUCCGAAACGCGGAGGCAUGCUCUCCUCUGCUACUUGAGGGCGGUAGGGGUGUAUAUGGGUAGGAACUGGCGCAUGGCUGAAGAUCAUCUCUACUUUUCCUCAGCACGCCAACUUUAUAACAUGAACGAAGUGGAGGAUGCCUUCCGACUCUUCUCACUGUUGCUGCGGGAGUCGUAUGCUCCAUCUCCACACGAAUCAAUGUACUUGCGCGAGUACUCACUGGCAUUAAAACGUAUAGCGAGCGUGGCGCCGGAGCGCAUCCCACUUGUCCAUGUUUUUGAUGUGGAUGUGGAAAACAUCAACGUCUGCUCGUCUUCUCCUACGAGUGGUGGACUUGAAGCGACUUGGGGUCGCAUGGAAACUUUUAUUGCCCAGCAGGAUACGUGUUUUAACCGAAAUCCAAACAGCGCUAAAUCUCUACUUAUCAAACAUGAGCCUGUCAUUUUGAACAUUCCGAUCAGAAAUUUCUUGCAAAUUCCUAUAGAACUCUUCAAUGUGACUUUGGAAGUUUCCUUGGCGAACGACUCUGCCGACUUUCUUCCGGAAAGUUUCUGUGAAACCAGCACGCUGAAGAAGAUCGAAAUAAACGGGCGUGAAAAGGUUUUGUUAAAGAUUGAGCUGACACCCCGAAAAAAAGGAACAUUGAGGAUUACUGGCAUUCUUUUUACGCUGGCGGGGACCCGCUGCCGCUCGUUAUUCAGUUUGCAAAGCGGGUGGCACCGCCCUCGCCAUUCACCCGCCAGCGAAUCUAAAGAAAACAUUUCACAUCCCGAGUUUGUCGUCUCCUCCAAACUUCCGAAUCUCCACGUGUCCCUCUCCCCUCUGCCGCCAGUUAUCUGCGCAGGAGUGAUUCAUCGCAUGAUUCUCAGCAUCACCAACGUUGGCCACUCUCCUGUGCAAAAGCUGAUCGUGCUUUCCUCCUCUUCUGCUCAAUUAUGUUUAGAAAAAAAUACAAUUUUCAAAGCUUUUGAGAGUUUUUCUGCUUACUAUCUGCUUCAGGACACACAAAUAAUCCCCGGAGAAACCAUGGAGACCCCGGUGUGGUUCAGGAGUGAAGCUCUAGGUGAGCAGGACACGUACCUUCUCUUUUCUUAUGAGACUGACACAACUCCGUCUUCUAUUAAAAGGAGGUUCAAGAGAAUUCACUUCUCGACCAAUGUCCAUCCUUUACUCAGUGCUUCGGCCAGAAUACUGGCUUGUCAGGAAAAUGCCAGCGACCUCCUCCUGCUUAUGCACGUAGAAAAUACGCUCCACAACACCACGACUGCCUGCAUGCAACUUGCUUGCUAUUCGCGGGGGUGGUGCAUUGAGCCUUUGUCCUCUUCUGUAAGCAAUGAAAGAAAGAUGGUUGGCCCCAUGGAAACACUAAAACUUUUAGCCCGCUUGCGAAGGACGGAAGAUAGGCAGGAGCCCAAUUAUUCGAGCAUGGAUUGGACGGCCACUUUGCCUUCCUACACGCCCACUAGCUUCGGCGUUUCAAUCAGCCAAAUGAUGUCUGCUCGCGAUAGCAUGACCAGUGAUGGCUACAAUCACGAUUCUUUAGAGGGAGCCCUGAAGGCGGGGGAGGAUCAUUUCUUUUUACUCGUGCUUUCUUUUGAGGUGGAAUUCUCCAGUGCAACGUUCGGUUCCUCCACUGCACAUGGUCAACUUUACAUUACGUGUCUUUCUCCAUGUCAGAGCAGUAGCUUGUUUUCCGGUGGUGAAACUACCAUAAGAGUGCUGGACUCGCCAGUGAAGGUUUCUUUACUGCACGCGGACUCGUGCUCUCACGAUUUCCGCCUCAGCAGCACAUGCGAGUUUCCGGUGACGGCAGUGUUACUGAACACCUCCUCGCAGGAAGUAGAGGUCGGAUUGCAUUUCAAGCAGCCCUCCGACGGCGAUUUCUAUUGGCUAGGGAAGAGUCGCGCGGCGGUGAGUCUCUCUCCGCACGAGCAGAAGGAGAUCCACAUGAAAGCCUUGUUUCCGGCGCCUGGUGCAUAUGAUCUCUCGCGUUAUUCGGCCAUAAUACGCCACAGGCAGACCCACGAGGAAUACCACGUGGUCCCGGAGGGAUGCCAAAUGUUUUCUGUUUACGAAGAUCAAAGCACCAUGGCUAUAUAAAGACAAAACCAAAACAACUUGUGAAUGCUUUUACUAAUAUUA